AUGUCCCAGCGUCUGCGGCGUGUUGAUUCAUUCGACGACAUCAAGAGAGCUGGCUUGUUCCGUGGAGUUUCCAUUCUGAACGUGCUCUACUCACAGGCUGUCAUCUUUGCCAGCGGCCUCGCCGGCGUGAUUGGUGCUGCCGCCGAAGGAAGAUCGAGCUUGCGAAGCGCAGAUGACUCAGACAGAGGUGCUAUUGAUGCAAUGUUCGAAUCAACCAGUCCAGCUGAUAGAGUAGAUUACUUCAUCAGCCACACCUGGAGUUCGGACCGGUGGACGAAGUAUCUUGCUUUGUGUUUGCACCUGAACCUGCGUCUAGCAGUCUUCUCUUCGAUUCUGACCUGGAUCCUGACUGCCACUGCUCUGGUGCUUUGGGCUGGCUCACUUGGUGCCUGGGGAGGCAGCAGGCUGCUUUUGCCAUCUCUGGUCUAUUGGCCGAUGGCUAUCUUCUACCUCGUCUUCUUUUAUGGCCAUUUGCUGAGCAGACAUUGGCAGAAGUUGCCGACUGUUUGGCUGGACAAGAUGUGCAUUCAUCAGGGGGACGAGGCCAUGAAGGCGCAGCAGGUUACUGCGUUGCCCGUGUUCGUGGCAUGCUCCUCGCGAAUUUUGGUCUUAUGGGAUGACACCUAUUUUGAGCGUCUAUGGUGCAAUUUGGAGCUUGCCACCUUCGCCAAGUACGGCAGUGCAGAGAGAGUUGAAAUACGGCCGCUGUGGUUGGCUCCAUGGCUCCUCUGGUCCAUGCUCCUCGAUCUCGCCAGCGCUUCGUUCUUCGAGGUCUGUGAGGUCGCCUUCCCGAAUUGGUCCAUGGAUUUGGUGAAGGAUCUAGUUGACUUUUUCGAGAACACGUUUCAACUCGGAGAGGCAUCACCGCAGGGUCUGGUGAUUGCCUGCAUGGCCAUCUGGACCAUGUCAGGUGCUUGUUAUUUGCCGACUUCCGUCCCGGCCUUCUUGGCUUUCCGACAAAAGAUUGCCAAUCACCACCUCAUGUUGGAGCAGAUGUCGCAGUUCGAUUUACGAAGGGCAAAAUGCACGAUCGAGGCUGAUCGGAAGCUCGUCGAGAGCCAAGUGGAGGAACUCUUCUCUGAAAAAGGAACCGAUCGGCUGCCUGCUUGGGAUGACUCUGACGAGUUGCUGCGAGAAGGCGACAUGGUGGUGAAGGUACAUUUGCACGACAGGGUGACAUGGUCGGAACGGCAGCACUCGACCGAGCAAGCUCUGGACAAGUUCAAUGCUUACGUGAGGGGACCUUUGCAAGAUACCGUUCGGGACACCAUUGGUGAUGAGACCCAUGUGCCAUACUACCUGUGCAUGGUUGCCUACCUGCCUAUGGGGUUUUACUCGCUGGUCAACGUGCUCGGCUGCGAUAACGGCCCGUGUGAGAAGUCAUUUGUGGAGGGGGGAUACUCGUCUUUCGCAUCGUAUAUGUUGACGCAGGUGGUGGCAUGGAUUCUGUGCAUGCUACUGAGCUUUCCGAUCACGCACCCUGUCCUCCUUCGCCUGAUGCAUGUCACCAUGUCCCGCACGAACGGCUGCCUCCAAUUUCUUCUUGCCACACUCUGUUGCCCGCUAGCUUAUGCGUACACGUACAUGUGCCUGGGCCUGCAAUGUCGGUGA